CGUGCAUGCGAUAUUCCCGCGAAAACACAACAAACUCUGAGGAAAUGCCUUUUUGAAUUUGCCCCAAAGCACUGAGGAAAAUUAGACAGAAAGUAUAUUGGAUCUUGAUUGAUUUGCUUGCCAUCUUUCUGUCUCCUAAAUCACAGAUCUUGACGAUUGAUUGUAUCGUAAUUGGUAGGUUUCAAAAGUGAGAAAUGUUGUGCUGUGGAGGUGGUGAAGAAGAAGCCGCCGCGCCUCCACCCAACCAAUACACCACCCCGCUUAAGGCGGCUAACGGCUAUUCUGCCACCGGUGGAGGAGAUCGAGGAGGAGAGCCGAGGGGGGGUGGAAGAGGCGGAGCGCCUAAAAAGGCGUUGCCAAUCGAGCUGCCGGCGUUGUCGCUGAAUGAGCUAAGCAGACUGACCGACAACUUCGGGCAAAAAGCCCUGAUCGGAGAGGGGUCGUACGGGCGGGUGUACUACGCGACGCUGAGCGAGGGGCGGGCGGCGGCCAUCAAGAAGCUGGACACGAGCUCGUCGGAGGCGGACAACGAGGAGUUCACGGGGCAGCUAGCGACGGUGUCGAGGCUGAGAAACGAGCACUUCGUGUCGCUGCUGGGGUACUGCGUGGAAGGGAACAACAGGAUUCUGGCAUAUGAAUACGCGGGCAUGGGGUCAUUACACGACGUGCUGCACGGCCGGAAGGGGGUGCAGGGGGCGGAGCCGGGGCCGCUGCUGACGUGGAACCAGAGAGUUAAGAUCGCGCACGGCGCCGCCAAAGGGCUUGAGUUUCUGCACGAGAAAUGCCAGCCCUCCAUUGUGCACCGUGAUAUUAGAUCCAGCAACGUGCUUCUGUUCGACGACUUCCUUGCUAAGAUCGCGGAUUUCAGCUUGACCAACCAGUGUUCCGACACCGCCGCUCGCCUCCACUCCACUCGAGUUCUUGGAACCUUCGGUUACCAUGCUCCCGAGUACGCCAUGACGGGCCAAAUAACCCAGAAGAGCGAUGUUUAUAGCUUUGGAGUCGUGCUGUUAGAACUCCUCACCGGGAGGAAGCCUGUAGACCACACUAUGCCCAAAGGCCAACAAAGUUUGGUCACAUGGGCAACUCCAAGGUUGAGUGAAGAUAAAGUGAAACAAUGCAUAGAUCCAAAGCUGAAAGAUGACUAUCCCCCAAAGGCCAUGGCCAAGAUGGCAGCAGUGGCAGCAUUGUGCGUGCAAUACGAAGCAGACUUCCGACCAAACAUGACCAUCGUCGUUAAGGCUUUGCAGCCACUUCUCAAUGCUAAACCAGCUGGAACCGCAGAUUCUAAUGCAUGAAUUAACAACAAUUAAUUCAACUAGUUUAAAUUUGUAAUAUUAAUUCAUUCAACAUUACUAUGUCCAUCAAGUUUUUGUAUCUUCAUUAUUAGUCUUUUGUCUCAUCUUGAUGUGACCAAUUUUCUUCUUGACUUAGACAUCUCCUACACAUGUACAUCAAACAUGUUGUGGCCCAACUUAGGAUCCAUAAUUCAAUCUUUUUCAUUUUAUUUUUUCAUUAUUUUGUGGAUGUGAACAUGAUUUAAUUUGGUUCAAAUAUUAUACUCCAUCUGUUCACUAA